AUGAAAGUCCGAUUUACGGCCCUUGACAGACCAGAUUACAGGACUACCGCUGGGAUUGACAUGGGAAAGCUUUUGUCCAAGGGCUUGGGAAGGCGACCGGAGAGCAAUGUCAUUUUGCCGUUGGCAUCAACGUAUGACGACCUGCAGAGGAAGGCCACCGAGCUGUUCCCUGUACUGGACGGGAUGGCCUUCGACCUAGUAGAGGGGAAACGGGGCAAUAAGUUGUUGCCUUUGGAUGCCGGUACAACACUUGGUGCGAUAAGAAGCAGCAACCGAGGAGCAGAGUUCGCCCGUCUUUGGGUUUUGCCAGAUACAUAUAUAUCGACAGAGAACGCGACCAUGUGGCCAGAUGACAGGACUGAGCCGUCGAUGGACACCAGCCCCAUUCCAGACAUGGACAACUCGGCUUCGUUUGGCGCUUCGUCUUCGCAAGUGGCAACCACCCCGAUUGAAGCCGAAACCGAGUAGAGGAUGAAG